AUGGCAUCUCCGUCACCAAAGUCUCCAGAACAAAGUGAAAAAACGAAGCAAUAUGACCGGCAACUUCGUUUGUGGGGAGAUCACGGUCAGACUGCUUUGGAACAUGGCCAUAUAUGUCUGAUAAAUGCUAAUGCAUUAGGAACUGAAAUAUUAAAGUCCAUAGUCCUACCUGGUGUUGGCGCCAUCACUAUAGUCGACGAUAAAAUUGUAAGCGAUGAAGAUAUUGGCAGCAACUUCUUUUUGGAGUGCUCUAGCAAGAGCUUAAAUAGAGGUGCUGAGGCAUUGCGGCUUUUACUGGAAUUAAAUCCUGCUGUUCGAGGACAUGCUGUACAAGAACCUCCAGAUCAAAUCCUUAAAGAAAAUCCUGAGUUUUUUAAGAGUUUUAGUGUCGUUAUUGCUACUGCACUGGGAGAAAAAACAAUACAAGAACUUGCACAGCACUUGUGGGACAUAAAUGUACCAUUAAUUUUAUGCCGCUCAGUAGGGUUCUUAGGUUCAUUCAGGAUUCAGAUGAGAGAACAUGCUGUUAUUGAAACCCAUCCUGACAAUGAACAAACUGAUUUACGUCUAGAUGUCCCAUUUCAAGCUUUGUCUGACUACUUAAAUUGUUUUGACAUUGAUGCAGUGGAUUUAAAAGAUCAUGGACAUAUACCAUGGAUUGUUAUUAUUUAUAAAGCUGUACAAAAAUGGCAGUCUCAGAAUGCAAAUGGGUGGCCAAUGAGUAGGAAGGAGAAAAAUGAGAUAAAAAAUAUUAUACUAGAGUUUGUAAGGAAGGAUGAAAAUGAUGUUCCUAUAAGUGAGGAAAAUUUUGAAGAAGCUAUUAGAGCAGUAAAUACUGCUCUAGUACCUACAUUUUUACCAGUAAAGAUUCAAGAACUUUUGUACUGCACUUCUGCAACUAAUCUGUCAAAGGAUAGUGCACCAUUUUGGGUAAUGUGUGCUGCUUUAAGAGGAUUUGUUGAAGGUGAAGGCAAAGGAAAGCUACCUGUAAAGGGUGUCUUACCAGAUAUGACUGCCUCUACAGAUCACUACAUAAAAUUGCAAAACUUAUACAGAACCCAAGCUGCAAUGGAUGCAGAAAUAGUUUACAGAAAAGUGCUACAAAUUGUGGCCCAAUUACAUUGUGAGAAUAUCAGUGAAGCUGAUGUGAAACUCUUUUGUAGACAUGCCCAUGAUUUGUAUCUUUUGUGUGGAUCAAAUAUAGUCACAGAGUAUCAACUAAAUAGUUCUGUAGCUACAUUUAUUAGUAGACAUCUGGAGGAGCCGGAUGUUAUGAUGGUUCAUUACAUUAUGUUAAGAGCAGCAGAAAUGUUUCAGUCAGAGCACUGUAGAGCUCCAGGAGAUUGGGAUCCUGAAGGUGAUAUUAGCAAAUUAAAAGCUUGUGUCACAAAGGUUUUGAGUGAUGUAUCAUGUUCUCCAUUUCCUAAAGAUGAUCACAUACAUGAAAUGUGCCGAUAUGGAGGAGCUGAAAUUCAUAGUGUAUCAGCAUUUCUUGGUGGAUGUACAGCACAGGAAGCUAUAAAACUUAUUACUAAACAAUACAAACCAGUAAACAACACAUUCAUAUUUGAUGCUGCCUCAACCAACAGUGCAACUUUUGCAUUCUAA